AGAUCGCAGGAAAUUUUCAAGGCCGGUUUGACGAAAAAAACUCGUUAAUAAAAAAGAUUAAAAAUCAUGGCGCCGUAACAACCUUCCGCGACCAUGUCUUUGGCAGCAUUUAAAUUUUGACAAAUAUUUCGGCCAUCACCCAUCGAGGGGAAAAAUUAUUGUUCAUACAAACAUAACGAAGUAACAUUUCUAAGUUUGAAUCCAAAUUUAUAACAAUAGAAGAGAAAUUCAAAAUUUUCAAAAUUUCAAUAAAAUAAUUAAAAAUUUUAACAAAAUGAACUACACGGGUGAAGGCCUACGAGGUGGUGGAGGAUGCUGUAAAGAUAAAAAUAAAACAUUCGCUUUCAGCCCCGCCAAAGAUUUCUCUUCGUUCGAGGAUGAGUUCGGAGGAUUCGAGGAGGACAUGGAGGACGAAGAGGCCUGCUGGAACGUUACACAGGACGAUUCUCAUACCGUUCUCACCGGUAAAUAUGAGUUCAUGAAUCGAGAUUGCCUGGAAGACGAAGACGACGAGGAAGACGACUUCUUGGACCGAUAUUUGCUUUCGAUGAGCCCGAUAAUUGAGAAGAAAAUGAAGAACGGCCAAAGUGGAAAGGGGAAAAAGGGAGCGACGAACACGCUGCCAAGAAGACCACAUGACGUCAGCGUCAAGUGCAGCGAUUCGAGUGAGUAAAAAUGAAGAAAGAGAAAAUUCAUUCACGCCGAGGAAAUAGUUGGAACGCCGUCCGAGGUCGCGUUGCGAUUGAGUGAGGCGAUUCAACAUUAUUUACCAAGAAGGAAAA